UUCACUCCAUUUGAGAGAUGGAUCGUUGCCGAUGGGACGAUCCCUCGGGCUCGUCCCGCCCCUCCGUAUAGCGACAGCUCGGAGAGUUAAGUGCAGCCCGGCUCAUGGGACCCAGGCGGGCUCGGUGGACAAUUUACCCGGCCUGCAAAGCCCUGCAUUCGUGAUUGGUGUGCCGACGCUUCAAUGAGAUUCGUCAGAUGGGGGUCCAGCAUGAGUAAUGGGCGCUGCCAAAGAAUCAUGGGGCCUUGUGGCAUCGACCACUGUAAGGGGAAGGCUGCCGCAGCUCGAUGGGAGUGUCUGCCUUAUUGGCUCGGGGGCCAGAUGCAGACCGCGUGAAACGGGUUUUCUGCGAGAGCCAGGUGCGCCCCCUUUUCCACUUGAUCGACGGUACCGCAUGAAAUGGGCAUCAUGUGCUCACGGGCCAAUCGGGCGGCGGGAUGACGUUUUUUUUUGGGGGGGGGAACCCUCCUCUCGAAUUGCUUCUGUAAUAUCUGUUGUGCUGGGCGAUAUCCGGACUGUCCGAUUGUGUUCGGACGAACGUGUGUGGUCGAAGAUACGAUUGCCGCCUGUCCCCGCUGCAGGUCGGCGUCAAUUGCGCUUCUGCUGGCCUUUUCCCCACCACGCGCAACACUUGCCAACAGUGUGUGCUACGCGGCAUUUUGAUUGAGGGGGGAGGGGGGGGGCUGAAGUGUUCCUGGAUGGCUUGAGGUGAAACUGAAAUCCCAUCCCAGCGUUCUGGGCGUGCUUCGAGUCUCAACCGA